AUGCGGCACUCCAGCGGUCUCCGAAGCUAUGCAGCGCUGGUGUUGCUGAUUUCCAUCGGUCUCGUGCACUCCAUGCGACAGCAUCGACCCCGGCACCAGUCCUUGGUGGACGGUGGUUCGUGGAGCGACUUCGACUGGAACCUUGCACGGCAUGUGUUCCAGCACGAGGACUCGAACGUGGUAUUCUCGCCGUUUUCCAUCAAGCUACUGCUGACGCUGCUGUACGAGGCCUCCCAGGAAGGAUCCAGUACCCGGGCUGAGCUUGAGACGGUCUUGUGUGACCGGGACAUCAACCGGACGCGCGUUUACUACAGCCAGUUCCUUGAUCCAUCCGUGCAAACAAACGGGGACUAUGAGUUCGACAUCGGGACGAAAGUGUUCCUGGAUAAAUCACACGGAAAGCUCCCAUCGGUGUACACCGACCUGCUGGAGCAGGUGUACAGGACUUCGUUCGAUCGGGUCGCAUUCCACGAUUCGAAGGCGACCGCCGCUCAGAUCAACGAAUGGUGCAAGAAAGUGACCCGUGGCCGAAUAACAGAGCUGGUGACAGAAGAUACGCUACAGGAAUCGCAGCUCAUCCUGGCGAACGUACUGUUUCUGAAGGCAUCCUGGAAGAACUCGUUCCACGAUGAUCAAACGCACAACCGGACGUUUCACACUGCUGACGGUAGUUCCGUGACGACGGAGUUUAUGCGUCAAGUAGAUUUGUACGACUACGUUAACCACGAAGAGCUUGGCGCGGAGGUACUCCGUCUGCCGUAUAAAGGACGACAUUUCAGCAUGAAUAUGCUGCUGCCCCACCGGAACGUGUCUCUCGCAAGCUUGGCCACUGCGCUGUCGCCUGCCAUGCUCGAUUCGAUAGUUGAUCGGUUCGAUCGGGAGGAAGUUACGGUGAUAAUUCCAAAGUUCCGCUUCAACUAUGGCACGCUGCUGAACGAUGCGAUUCGAAGUUUGGGUAUUCGAGAUGUUUUCACUCGCAACGCGUCCUUGCCACUGCUGUCGCCCGCCAGCGAGCCCAAGAGGAACGGCACCCGCGAGAACAGCCUCGAGGUGUCGAAGAUAUUGCAAAAAGCUGGCAUCGAAAUCAACGAGAAAGGCACGCUAGCCUUCGCCGCCACAGAAAUUCAGCUAGUCAACAAAUUUGGCUACGACGGCGAUCCGAUCGUGUUCGAAGCCAACCGGCCGUUCCUGUUCUACAUACUCGAUGAGGAAACCAGCACGGUGCUGUUCGUGGGCAAGGUAAUGGAUCCAUCCCGCACCACUGCGACAUAGCGGACUAGAAGGAUGGAAACCACAGAAUGAAACACAUAGCUUUAAGGAAAAGAAAGGGCCAGCCAACACAGCCAAGUGGUUUGGUUGGUGAUGACAGACAAAUAGCAUUAGCUUUAGUAUAUACGUUUGUAAACGAGAAUCGAGGAAAAUGUAACUUUAAACUUACUAACGAAGCAGCCAACUCCCAUUGCCGAGCCACGACUGAAGAGAGAAAUAGCCAGAAAUAGCCGUUAAUUCAGCCAAGCCGCAGUAUCCCUUUUUUAUCUAUAUCCUAACGCCCUCCCGAGCAAUCUAGCUGUAAACGCAACAUAUUUCUAGUUCCUCUAGUACGUAAGUUUGGUAAGGAAAUAAAGAAAGUA